CCCGCUGACAAUUUACUAGCCGUUAGACAGUUUAUUUCACCCCAUCGCUUCCUCUCCUGACGUGUUACUUCAAAUUCGAAUCCCGCGACCCACCAAAUCCAAACAAAUAAACUCGUCAUCGACGACGACGACGGCUCUUUCCUUACCAAUCAAUAAAACCAUUCCCAACUGAGAUUUGAAGCCUAAGGCCGAUGGGGAUGGAGGCGAGAUGCGGUGACCUGGCCGUAGCUGCCGGCGCCCGCGUCCGGCGCCCGCUACAACCGCGGGACACCAACGUGGCGGCGUCCACGGUAGUGGUCGGCAAGGCUGCGCCGAAGCCCAAAGCUCAUCCAAAGGGGGCGACGAGGCCCGCUUUGCCUUCACUGCCGCCGGCACCGCUGUUCCCGGUGGUGAAGCCACCCCCGCCCGUGAAGGACCAGUGCGACGCGUCUGUUGCGGGCGUGGCCGAAGUGUCGCUGGCGGAGGAGCUCGAGAGGGCGCGGGAGCGGCGCGCUCGGCUCCGCGCGGCGCGGGAACAGACGGAACGGGAGAUGGUGAGCCGUGCCGAGACGAUGGAGCGAGCGGCGGCGGAGUGGGAGCGCCGCGCGGAGGACCAGCGAAGGCUCGUCUCGGAGCUCAUGCGCCUCAUCGGGGUGCCUGAGGUGUACACGCCUGUGGAAUCACUGAGAUCCAAGGAAGAGAGGAAGCGAAGGGUGGCCACCAUUGGUCGUUCCGGGUCGACUGGCUCCAUCUCGACAGCAUCAACAGUGCAGGCUGAUGUUGGAGCAAAAGCCUGCAGUGAUCAGCAAUCCGAGGAUACUGGAGGGAUAAUAGAGACGGCAAAAGCAACCGAGAUCACCUCCUGAUUUUGUGCAAUUGGUUCCAUUUUCAACUGAAAGCAGAGUUGCUUGUGGCUUUGUUUUUGCCCCCUAGUGUAAAUCGUCAGUUGUGAAUGAAAUCAAACGGCCCGUUUGUGUGUUUCGUUCGGAAUGUUGAGAUGCCCAAAAGUUCUAUGGUCGAGAUGGCGCUGUCUACAUAGUAGAAUGUUGGGGCUUCGAUUUUUGGGGAAAAUAUGAACAUGAGCAUGUGCAUGUGCUUUCUUAAUAUAACAAUUUUGUUAAACCCCACGGCCAUCUUGUUAUAAGUUUACACUUCCGUGUAAUCGUGCUUGAGGCCUAAUACAACAUCUCGGUUCUUUCUAU